UGCCAACCGCAGGCUUUCACUUGUUUGUAAAAUUAAAGCACUGGGAGCAGAGCAGCCAGGGAGAAAUCAUUAGAGAGGAAUCCCAGGCAUAUGGCUGGCUUUUGUCGGCUCCCCUCCCCCUCCCUUCUUUCCCUCCUGCCGUCCGCUCCGCAGCAGCAGCAGGACAGAGGUAGUUCAGUUUUUGAAGCCGUGGCAUGAAUGAUCUCAUCUGAACCUGAUCUCCGCUUUCCCUGCCGUCGAUCCUAUGACCGAGACGGGAAUAAAAUAACACAAACACGAGCAGGAGUCUUGCCUCAGACUGGCCUAAAAUGGGCAGAAAUGGUGCUGAACAAAAGCUGCUUGUCGCUCGUACAAAAGUACUUGAAGCGUUGCAGCCGGGACCAAGCUGCAUUGCUAUUGCCUGUGCCUCUCAACAGGAAAGAGAGACAACAUGUUCCCGAAGGGCACCAAGCGCAAGUUCUCUGACUCCGGAGAGGAGCCGGUCUCCAGUGGUGACCAGGGCCCGCCGGCAGCUUCAUCUGUGGCGGCUCGGACGCUGUCGUCCUCUUACAGCCUGCAGCGGCAGUCGCUGCUUGACAUGUCGCUGAUCAAGCUGCAGCUCUGCCACAUGCUGGUGGAGCCAAACCUGUGCCGCUCAGUCCUCAUCGCUAACACGGUGCGGCAGAUCCAGGAGGAGAUGACCCAGGACGGCACCUGGCAGAUAAUGACCCAGGCCCUGGCGGCUGCACAGUGUCCCGCAGACCGCCUGGUGGCCACCGAGGUGCUGUGCCGGCAGACGGACGCAGCAGCUCAGGCCGGGCAGAGCCCAAAGCCCUUCUCCGUUGUUGGUCUGGAGGAAGGCUACCACUCUGAGGAGGUGGUGAUGGAGGGAGAUGUGGAGACGGAGGUCACCAUGUCCACUUUGUCGCCCGUCUCCCCCCAGCUGUCCUCCGCUUCUUACCUGGCGGGUCCCUUCGGCAUGGGACCCUGCUGGGAGGAGGAAGAGGAAGACGGUGAGUGCGAGGAGGAUGAAGAGGAGGACAGUGAGGAGUGUGUGUCGGAGGGAGAGGAGGGAGACCGGGACCACCUCAGUGCAGACUCCAGGACAGGGGAGCAGGUUUUUGGGACUUUUGAGAUCAAGCACCCGGCGCCGCCCCCGGACCCUGCGCUCGAGGAACUGUUUUCAGACGUGGACCCGUCCUACUAUGACCUCGAUACGGUGCUGACAGGCAUGCAGAGCGCCCCGAAGAUGGGGCCUUACGAUCUGCUGGAGAGCCUUUCCUCCCACGGGCCGACGACUCUGAGCUCCAGCUCAAGCUGCAGGUCAGACCUGAAUGAACUGGACCACAUCAUGGAGAUCAUAGUGGGAUCCUGAAACGCAGAACGUUCUUCUGGCCUGUACUGAUCCCUCAGACUCUUUCCAGAUUAUGCACAGUACACAUGUGCAUGUCCUGUGUGUGGUUUUGUUACACAUGGAGAUUGUUGCAGGUUUUCGGACAACGUGGGAAAUUAACAGCGAGCCAAGUAGAUUUUGGGUUUGGUUGUUAGACGUGUAGUUAGUCCUGUCUAACAGCCACUUGGGCAAGUCGGCAGCUGCUGUUGGGACCUUCAUCUUUUAAUUAAAAAAAAAGAAAAAAGAAAAAAAAAAAGCAAUUGGCAACAGUCAGGGUGAAAUGGAUGAAUUUUGGGACUCAAAAGUCAUCCUGGCCUGUGGGCGAAGCAGUUAGUUUCCUACUUUGAUGAAAUCCAAAACAUGACAAUAUCUGUGAGAGGGCAAAGAUAAUUACCUAUACCAUGAUGCAUUCUUAUUUACAUACUUUCCAUGUUUACGUCUGUCAUACAUUCUGUCAUACUAGCUCCUCCUGGUCGUAUUCUCUGCCAUUUUGUCCAUUUCUAUUUAUUGUUACAUGGACUGAGGAACCUUUCAUCACACUACAUACACCAGAAACCAGAACAAAUUGUAAAUCCAAAUCUAUGAAUCAAUGCAUAUUUUCCUAAAGAUUUGAGCAAUUAUGAAUGGAAUAUAUGUAUAUGUACGUAUGUGUAUAUAGAAAUAUAUUUUUUGCAUUAUACAGCUGGGGGAUUUUGCAAGUAUCAUUUGAUAUUAUUAUUUUUUUUCCCUCCCAAGCGGUUUUUAAGAUUUUAAUGUAGCCAGACUCGAGACAGUGUCUUCCCACGGUUUGGUAUAACAAGUCGACUGUAACAGGUGUCAGGACUGGCAUCGUCACACUUUAUAGGCGCUGUUUUUUCAUUUUCUCAAAGCUUUAUGCAGGGCAGGGGGAUUAAGUGCCAGCCACCAACCCACUGCUGGUGAAGAUUUGACUGUUCUUGGUAAGUUAACAGUAUCCAAGUUUCCUGCACUGCUUUACAUACAGAUCUAAUAACAGUAACAGCUUUUCCUGAAGCAUUUGGAGAAACCACGGGGUGAUAACUGCAUCAAGAAGCCAUAUAUCUUUCUCUCAUUUGUCAGUACAAAUGAAGCAUUCUGUGUGUUAACCCAAACUAAUUUAUUGUUUUUAUUUAUUGUAUUUAUUAUAUCUAGGUACAGACAUGCCACAUUGACUCAAAUCAACCACAAGGCCUGAUGAAAUUAUCCAAAUUCUGCCCUCCGUUUUGAAUGCAGUACCUAUUUAUUCCUCACAUUAUUUUUUUUAAUUACUAUUAGUAGUAAUAAUAAGCAGACGAACCGGGUUACUAUUCAGAUCACUAUGCAGCUCUGUCAUACGUGUUUCAGAAUGAUUGUAUACGACUCACAUGUCCUUUAAUUCCUUUAUGCAAACAGUUGCCUUUCUUGUAAAGAUGUGGAAAAUCAUCAGAAAAAUGCGUUUUUUCAAAAUUGUUCCUUGUCAUCGUGAUGAAGAGAUUAACUCAGGCAAACAAUAUGUAUUGACAAAAAUACAGUAUUACGACACGCUAAUACCUUACCACAACACUCCUGAAGGAUGUCACUCUGGUCUGAAUGGGAGCUAGAACUUCAAAGACUAAUUACCGUUGUAAAAUGUAUGCAUUUUUUUAUAUUAAGGAAAAAAAACAUUGUAGCAUCUUUGUAAAUAUUUUUUAUAAUAAAAGGUGCAACUAUU